UGGUUAUGUGUGUGUAUAUGCGUGUCAAAAAUGGGGUAUGCAUGCUUGAGGAGUUGUGUGUAUCUUCAAGGAUGGGGGUGUGUGUCACUAGGGAGCAGGGUCCACUUCAGCUACCUCAGGUUUAAACCUUCCACAUAAGCGUUGUGUUUCAUUCUGCUUUCGUCUGCUCUUUCCCUCCACUCCAUUUCUCCUUCUCUCUCUCUCUCUGUCUCUCACUCUCUUUCUCUGGGUGUCCUUUGCAUCAUCUUCUGUCUUCACAACCUUGCCAAGGAAAAACUCCACUCUAUCUUUCCUCUACACUGGUCAGUGAGACCCACUCCUUUGAAUCUGCACAUUUUUCUCUUAAGAGAGUCGAACCACAGCCGGCAAAAUGGAGGCGAUCAAGAAGAAAAUGCAGAUGCUGAAGGCAGACAAGGAAAAUGCCUUCGAUCGUUCGGAGCAGGCCGAAACGGACAAGAAGACGUCGGAGGACAAGUGCAAGCUGUUGGAGGACGAGUUACAGGGGCUGCAGAAGAAAUUCAAGGGGACAGAAGAUGAAGUCGAGAAGUACUCCGAGGCCCUCAAAGAUGCCCAGGAGAAACUGGAACUGUCUGAAAAGAAGGCGACAGAUGCUGAGGGCGAUGUAGCUGCCCUGAAUCGUAGGAUCCAGCUAAUCGAGGAGGAGUUGGACCGAGCCCAAGGGAGACUGAGCACCGCACUCCAGAAACUGGAAGAAGCAGAGAAAGCAGCUGAUGAAAGCGAGAGAGGUAUGAAGGUGAUUGAGAACCGUGCAAUGAAAGAUGAGGAGAAAAUGGAAAUUCAGGAGUUACAGCUCAAGGAGGCCAAAAAUGUUGCUGAAGAUUCUGAUCGCAAAUACGAGGAGGUAGCUCGUAAGUUGGUGAUCCUGGAAACUGAGCUGGAGAGAGCAGAAGAACGGGCAGAGGUUUCUGAACUCAAAGGCGGAGAUUUGGAGGAGGAACUUAAAAACGUAACUAACACCCUGAAGUCCCUUGAAGCCCAGGCUGAGAAGUACUCAGAGAAAGAAGACAGGUACGAGGAAGAGAUCAAUGUCCUCGAUGAGAAACUGAAAGAGGCAGAGACACGUGCCGAGUUCGCCGAGAAAACUGUGUCCAAACUGGAAAAGACAAUCGAUGACCUCGAGGAUGAAUUGUACAAUCAGAAAGUCAAAGUCAAGGCCAUUUGUGAAGAGCUGGAUCACGCCCUAAAUGACAUGACUUCCAUGUAGAUGAACCAUCGGCGUUGUGUUGUUCAGUGCCUUAAUGCUCAUACCCAUUUGCGAUUUGUUGGAAAGAAAAAUGCACACCACACAUUGUAGGAAGCCCUGAGAAGCAGAUCUUCGUUACGGAGCUCCGGAUCGGCUCUGACCCAUUUCACAAGCUGCUAUAGUACACAAACUCGACUUCGGAUUCGUUGAUUCAAUCAACUGUGCGCUUCUUCCUCUUUGUCUUCUUUUCUUUUUCUCUGUCAUUUUCUCUUUUCUAUAACUGUGCCUGGAUUCUGUAUUACAAUGUUCUGGAGUCUGGCUUUAAUACCAAAGUCUUAAUAAAAGAGUUCGAUAAAAAUGAUUAAAAAAAGAUUCUUGUUCUUGUUCUUCUUUUUUCACUGUCUCUUUCCUCAUCUCCAGCUUUUCCUUUCUUUGUGAACUUUUUCCUCAUCCUUGCUAUUUUAAAUGUCUCAUAGUAGAAAUAAGGGUGUGUACUAAACCAAGUAUAUUGUGAAUUUUCAGCACACCAAAGACAUACGUGACAUACUCAGGGCCAGAUUCCUGAAUUGGCAGACCUAGAUUUCCCCACGGUCAAGUAAAAGCUGCCAUAAAAACUUAAUUUUGUAUUUUUCCAGCAAUGUUCGGUGUUAUAUUAAUGUAAAACCCAAUGGAGAAUGGAGAAAUAUUGGGCUUGAUGCUCAAAAUUUGAAGCUUUCAUGCAACAUUGAUGCACUGACACCUCUGAUGGCGAUAUUAGUUUGAUAGUUGAAAAUUUGAUGAAUAAAUACAGGUAAGACAGACGUAAGGACAAAUCUGCUGCUGCAUUAAAGUUAGAAAUUAACUGACUAAACACUGUGUCAAACUAAAGUCAGAAGCGGGAAUUACAUUACUUUUAUUUACUUUUAAGCUACAGAGUGAGAGUGGGUAAAGGGCCUCAAAAGGGUCUCAAGAGUGCAGCUUGGCAGUUCUAAAGCUUGAAUCACCAACCUUCCCAUCAGUAGCCCAUAGCCUGAUCAUCAACAUGAUCAACAACAUAACAUGAUCAUGAGUUUGUGUAUUUAUGUUCUCAAAAUACUGUCACAAAUUAUAUGAUCUGCAUUAUAGAUUUGACACGAUUACUGGAUCUCUGUGGACUAAUCUGAAGUAAAUACUUCUAUAAAAUUGUCCAGAUUUAUAACAUUUAUGAUGCUGCAUCAUUCUUUUAAAAUUCCAAGUGGAGGGGGCGUUAUCCUUCGCUUCACCGUUGUCUGAACGUCUCUAGGUUACGAACGUAACCCUAGUUCCCUGAAGGAACCAGACGCUGCGUCGAAACGCUAUGGGGCGUUCCCAUAGCGUUUCGACGCAGCUCGAGUUCCUGAAGGGGAACUUGGAAAUUCCUAUACAUUUUACCAGCCUUUUUAUUAACCUUUUUAUUUUCAACCUACAGUGGACCACUAUGAGCAGUAUGAGCAGUUAUUUAUGGAUAGCGCUGUGGGUAGUGGAGAAAACUGUAAUCUGACAUGAAAAUAGCUCAACAAUAUGAUGAGAGAAGUUUAACCUAAAAAAAAAUGGUCAAACCGAAAUUUCAUUACUAACUAGAUCUUAGGUGCUGUUUUAAUUAUUAAGAUUAAUUUGAGUAUUGAAGUUUUGGUUUAAAAAAAGGGUGGUUGUCUAGACAACAGGUAUGGGGUUUUUCUCUGGCGGUUUCUAAGUAACUCACACCUUCAAAGCUUGCAGUUAUAUUACGCUCAUGACAUCAUAGGUGUGAAUACGUCGAGGAAUUCGCAUUUCAUUGGUAGCUUUACGAAUAGCAGCCAAAUGACCUAAAGAUUACAACAGCAUUCCAAUUAAUACUUCUGACUUUCUGUCAUUAUUGAACUUUGGAUCAGAAAAUCAUAUGUACAUAAGUCGUUUUUUUCUGCUUUAUAGAUUUCAGUACAAUA